AUGUAUUUAUUCUUGCGUUGGUUCUCGGGAUCUUCUUUUCUGCUGUUGUUGUUGUUUUUGUGUGCAUGUGUCUAUGUUUAUGCACUUGCGGGUCUUCUUUUUGCAUGGCAGGGAAGGAGAGAAGGAAGUGAGGAGAGGGUCAGCCACGACAGUUGCUGCACACAAAAGUUAGAGGAAAAAAAAAAAAAAGAAAGGGAGAAGAUGGACCUGUUUAGUGCUGCUGUCGCGGGGAUGUUGGCUCGUUUGGUUUGUCAUCCUCUUGACACGACAAAAACAGUAGCUUUUACCGGAUUUUGUGGCGAGGGUAGCACAACAGGUGCACAUCUGGGCAACGCGACAAAGCAUGCGUUUUUGAGUUCCACUCGGUCCAUUUAUCGGCAGGAAGGGAUAGCAGGGUUUUACCGAGGGGUUGGCGUGGCCAUUCUGGGCUCUGCACCAGGUGUCGCUCUCUAUCUCACGACAUACACGUGGGCGAAUGAAUUCUUUAUGAAAUACCAAAAAGCUGCUUUUGGUGCUGUUCCGUCUUGGUCCGUUCACUUGUUUUGUGGGUUUCUUGCAGAGGCUGUGAGCUGUGUCUUCUGGGUUCCUAUUGACGUGACAAAGGAGCGUCUUCAGUCACAGCCCCCAUCGCAACCUGGAAGGUACUCCGGAAGCUGGGAUGCCCUCUGCACCAUCGCCCGCUACGAAGGACUUUCGGGGCUGUACAAGGCUUAUGGAACAACCUUGGCAUCAUUUGGUCCUUAUUCGGCAGCGUAUUUUGCAUUUUAUGAGUUUUUCCAUGCUGUUUUUUUGGAGCAUUUCUCAAUUGAUUCGUUUGCUUCUGCACUUUGCGCCGGCGGAAUGGGAAAUAUCGCCGCUUCACUUGUGACAAAUCCAUUAGAGUUUAUCAAAACCCGUCUGCAGGUUCAGCGAGCGGUGCUCUCAGUGGGCGGAAGACCCACAAGCGUCAGGGGAUUCUCUUAUUAUUAUGCAGGUCUUGUGGAUGGAUUGCGGACAGUCAUUAGGGAGGAAGGAUCUCGAGCACUUUGGCGUGGUGUCGGAAGCAGGGUUGCGUUUGCGGCACCCAAUGCGGCUUUGACGAUGGCCAUUUAUGACUAUUUACGCUCAUCAUGA